AUGGCCUCCCGCACCGCAUCCUCUCUCCUGCGGCAUCUGCGCCCCAGCGCCCUCCGCCAGACCACCGCCAGCCAUCUCCUGCGAUCAUCUCCUUCCGCCGUCGCCAGCCGACACCCCACGCUGCUGCUCCUCCGCGCUGCGCACACCAUUCCCCGACCUCCGCGCCCCUCCGAACGAGUAAAAGCAGAGCCAUCUGCCGCCGCAGCCGAAUCGCCCGCGUGGCAGCCCGAGGAGGCGCCCGCCAGCGAAGGCGAGCGCCCCGAGCCCAAGAACCCGGCCUACUACCAGCUCUCGUUUACCUGCGUGCCGUGCGGCCACCGCUCGCACCACAACGUAUCCAAGCAGGGCUACCACACGGGCUCAACCCUCAUCACCUGUCCGGGCUGCCGCAACCGCCACGUCAUCAGCGACCACCUCAACAUCUUUGGCGACCGUAAGGUGACGGUCGAGGACCUGAUGCGCGAAAAGGGCCGCCUGGUUAAGCGUGGCAGCCUCGGCGAGGAUGGAGACAUUGAGUUUUGGCCGGACGAAGAGCAAGAGGCUGAUACGAAAGCGGGCAGCUCAUGA